AUCGUCGACGAUGUACUCCUCACGACCCUCGUACAGCUCGCCGCCCCCCGAGCUCUCCAACAACCCCUUCAUCGACCACUCCUCCAACGCCCGAGCCCGCUUCCCCGACAUCUCAGGCUCCGAUGAUCUAUCCGGCGGCUCCUCAAAUCAGUACACAUCCUGGCUCAACCGACCCCAGACCUCCGCCAUAAACACAAAUCAGUCUGGGUACUUUCCCCAGGGCGCGACCUCGCCCACCGGGUACGGCGGGGGCUACCAGGCGCAGCCACAGGCCACAGGAUGGGGCCAACAAGGAGGCUCGGGCUUCGCUCAGCCGCAGCAACAGCAGCCGUACGGCCAGAUGAUGUCGCCCCCGCCUGUGCAGCCGCAGAUGUCCUCGGGCCAGUUCCAGCCAGCGAGCUCGUUUGGCCAGCAGCUCGUCGGGCAUGUGAACGGCGCAUACGGCGCCGCGCCACAGCAGCAGCAGCAACCGCAAUAUUCUGGGUACCCCGCAUCGCCGCAGUACAGCCAGGGAUACCAACAGGGAUAUCCAAGUCAGCAGCCGCAGCAGCAACAAUAUAUGGCCGAGUUCGACCCGUAUUCGCAAAACCAAGGCGGGCAGGCGGGCACACCACUGGGCGGGGGCGGGCAGUACCCGGGAGCAGGCCAGCCUCAGCAGCGGCAGCACCCGCGCGAGUUCGUGCAGUCGCACAAGUCGGAGCUCGAGGUGUGGGACCCGUACACAUGGAAACAGGCGCAGAACUCGUUCGACGACCUGAAGGCCGCGUGGGAGGCGCGCAAGACGGAGCUCGAGGCGCGUCUGCGCGCGAUGGGUGGAGCGGGGCUAUUCGGAGGGGGCGGCGGGAUGUACGGCGGGCCCGCGCAGCAGUACGCGCAGCUCGAGAACAUGGCGAAGGAGGCGGGGCUGCACAUCGACACGGUUGCGGCGAGCUCGUUCCAGAUGCAAGAGGUGUUUGGGGGAUACCGCCAGUCGGGCGACAUCGCGUCGAAGCGGAGGGUGCGCGAGGCGAUCAACGCCGCGCUAAGCAGUCUGCCCGACUGGCCUCAGCCGCUUUACUAGGAUAUCCUUGGAUGAGUCUGCGUUUCUCUUAUCUGGGUGGAUGUAUUCUGUGGAGCUACCGACUCGGAGUCGGGCUUGUACACGGCCGGCGCGACGGUUGUAGGAUCGUAAUUUAUGCGUUUUGUAUCGUUCUGGCUGUUACGGCUGUUAUCCAAACGAUUGGCCCUCUUCGAAAC